AGUCUUUGGGAGGAACAUGCAACCUAGAUGUAUGGUUAGCAGAAUGUAGGGUUUCUUACGCUGCUGCCACAUGGGGAAAAUAAAGCUAGCGGGGGAGUGUAGAACAACAGGUUUUGCUUAGGGAAGUGAGGAAGGGAAGGUGGCGGUUUGGAAGUCGGAUGCUGUGAGAACAAGCAGCACCGCUUUCGAGGCCUAGCGUUUGACACCUCCCCCUCGCCAUCUUCCCUUGCUGCACGGUUGGUUCCACGCCGCCUCUGCGGGAGCGCUGCAGGCGCAGCCUCUGCUCCCUGCCCUCUCCCUGCCUCCAGGUUUUAUGGAUACCGAGAGAGACCUGUGCUCUCCCCGGCCCCACGUUCCCCGCCCCGGCUGGUCGUGCGGAGGCCGCCCGAGGGGCCGGGCCGGGCCGGACGGGGCGGGGGGGUCCCGGGGAAGCGCCGCCCUGGCCGUGACUCAGCGCGCCGGGAGCUGUCUGUGACGGGGCGGCCGGGGCGGGGGGUUCGGGCCCGUUCCCUCCCCCGGCCGCGGGCAGGGGAGGGGCGGCGGCGGGGCGGGUGUUAGGCCGUAGGAGCCGGGGCAGCACGGUGGGGUAGAGCCGGAGCGGCCGGGCGGCGGCGAGAGGUCCGCGAUGCCGCUGUUGUUCCUGGAGCGCUUACCCUGGCCCAGCCUCCGCACCUACACGGCGCUCAGCACCCUGGCCCUGCUGGGCACUAGCCUCAGCGCCUACCGCGCCCUCAGCCAGGCCCCCGCCGGGGCUGCGGGCUCCAAGCCACCCGAGCACCAGCGCCGCGGCGGGCCGCGGGCCCUGGACGUAGCCUUCUUCCUGCUGUCGGACAGCCUGUGUGUCUGGGUACUAGUGAACACUGCCUGCUGUUUCCUGAUGCUGGUGGCUAAGUUCAUCCAGUGUAUGGUGUUCGGUCCUCUCCGUGUCAGCGAGAGGCAGCAUCUCAAGGAUAAAUUCUGGAAUUUCAUUUUCUACAAGUUCAUCUUCAUUUUUGGUGUGCUGAAUGUUCAGACAGUGGAAGAAGUAGUGAUGUGGUGCCUUUGGUUCUCUGGGCUCGUGUUUCUUCAUCUUAUGGUUCAGCUCUGCAAGGAUCGCUUUGAAUAUCUUUCCUUUUCUCCUACCACGCCCAUGAGCAGCCACAUCAGAGUCCUGACCCUGCUCAUAGCCAUGCUCCUCUCCUGCUGUGGAUUAGCCCUCAUCUGUGGUGUUAUCGGCUACACUCAUGGCAUGCACACGCUGGCUUUCAUGGCAGCAGAGUCUCUGCUUGUGACAGUUAGAACCACUCAUGUGAUUUUACGAUACGUAAUUCACCUCUGGGAUCUCAGCCAUGAAGGAAUGUGGGAGGGCAAAGGCACUUACGUCUACUACACCGAUUUUGUCAUGGAGCUCACCUUGCUUUCACUGGACUUGAUGCAUCACAUUCAUAUGCUGCUGUUUGGUAAUAUCUGGUUGUCAAUGGCGAGCCUCGUGAUUUUCAUGCAGCUACGCUACCUAUUUCAUGAGGUUCAACGAAGAAUUCGGCGGCAUAAGAACUACCUCCGUGUGGUUGGAAAUAUGGAAGCUAGGUUUGCAGUUGCAACACCGGAGGAGUUAGCAGCCAAUAAUGAUGACUGUGCCAUUUGCUGGGACUCCAUGCAGUCUGCACGCAAACUGCCUUGCGGGCACUUCUUCCACAACUCGUGCCUGCGGUCCUGGCUGGAACAAGAUACAUCUUGCCCCACCUGCAGAAUGUCUCUUCAUAUCACUGACAGCCAUCAUGCAAGGGAGGAUCACCAAAGGGAAAAUAUGGAUGAGAACCUGGGCCCUGUGGCAGUAGCAGAAGGCAGAUCACGCUUGAACCAGCACAAUCACUUCUUCCACUUCGAUGGCUCUCGAAUUGCCAGCUGGCUGCCCAGUUUUUCAGUAGAAGUGAUGCACACAACAAACAUCCUCGGUAUCACACAAACCGGCAACUCUCAGCUUAAUGCUAUGGCCCAUCAGAUUCAGGAGAUGUUCCCUCAGGUUCCGUAUCAUGUAAUUCUACAGGAUCUGCAGCUAACUCGUUCAGUAGAGAUCACCACUGACAACAUCCUAGAAGGGCGCAUCCAGGUACCUUUCCCCACACAGCGUGCAGAUAGCAUUAGACCUGCAUUGAACAGUUCUGUGGAACGGCAUAUUACUGAUCAGGAGGAUACUGAAACUGUCACCCAGUCUGAGAUAGUGCCAUUGGAACUCAGCUCCAGACUGGAAGAAAUGGUGGAAUUCAAUGAAAUGGAAGCAGAGUCUAGUGAAGCAGAAGAUUUUGAGGCCAGGGGAAGUCGCUUCUCAAAGUCAGCUGAUGAAAGGCAGCGUAUGCUGGUUCAGCGGAAGGAGGACUUGUUGCAGCAAGCUCGAAAGCGAUACUUCAACAAGACCUUGGAGGAGGAGCGGACCACAGGGAAGCCCUGUCCCAAAGGAGCCUCAGCUGAUGCUGUGACCCUGCGCCGCAGGACACUGGCUGCUGCCGCCGAGCGGAGGCUUCAGAUGCAGCACAACUCGUAGCGCUGUCACCCUCCUCCCUCCACCUCGUCAGCAAUGUCGAAUAAAGAAUUAAACACACCUCCCAACCUCCCUGCGCUUUCUGUACCAACGGGAUGUGUCUCUUCAGAGUUCAGCUGGCGGAGCCGCCUCUCCGCCAUGUAAAGCAUGUGGUCUGAUAAUGUUUGGACAGCUGACUCAUUAACCUCUUUUUUGUAAUAUUUUCUACGUGACGUUGAUCCCCUCCAAGAACAAAAGGCAGUUUCUAAACCAUGGGUGGGAUUUCUGCAGCUGGCACGAGGCAUUACGCUGGCUGCACCGCAGAGGCUGUGGAAAGAGUGUUCUGGAUUAGCAGCUGUGGGCACAGGUUGGAAUCAGGAAGAGUUACUCCAAAAGGGAAGAAAGCUUUAGAAACCUGGAGCAAACCCUGUGUUAGGUGAGCAGGUGCCGGCUCUGCAAUCAGAGAGGGGUGUUAGGUAGUCCACGUUGCUGGAAAGUCAGUUCUUAGGCUGGGUGGAUGUUGUGUUCCUACAGAAUACAGGGAAAACAGAGUUCAUGAGUGGUGCAGUGGAGCAGUGAUUCACCAGCAGUAAGUUGUUGACUGUUGCUGAGCUCCUCUGUGUCUGGCUCUGUCACUGCGCAGGGCUGAGCUGUUAUCCUCUGCCCAUGCCCAAAACUACCCAGACACUGAGGGCAUGGAGUGAAGAGAGGGUGUGAAGUGAGGUUAACAGCCCCUGCGGUUCAAUGUUAGCAUCCAGCAAGGGAGUAGAACAGCUUGCCUGCUCUGCACCACACGGAUGGGACUCCGUGGAGACAGCUCCGAUAUCUUGCUUUUGAUUUCUGUUUCAACCCCACAGCUCUGUGAGUUUAUUCCGAAAGCCUGGAGGGACUGGGGCUGGCUGCAGCCCAACUGCCAGCCUCUGCUUGUCCUUAAGGACUUUGCCCCAAGAUCCAUGUGGAGCCGCUGAUGCUAGCUUUGCACAGAUGAGUUUUCAGCUUCUGAAGCGUGAGUUCUGAUAUCACCAUCCUUUAGAAGGAUCCCAGUAUUACCUAGAAGUGUUGGUAACUUUUUUUACUGUUGGUUUUGGAGGACAUUUGCAGGUGAAUUUAAUGCAAAGAGUUGCAUCGGUGUUUAGGUGACAGUAAUUUAUUUCAAUAAAACUCUGUGGGAGGCCUUACCUUGCGAUGCUGUUAGGUUUUUUGAGAUCUUUGGUUUUGCUCAGAGCACUGCUGUUUUGGCUUUAUUGUUAAUAAAAAGAUCCAGAAAACAACCAAAAAACCCCACACAAAUAAAAUCUUGGUCAGUGUUGGAAACUGUUUGGAAA